CCCUCAGCCCCCCCUCAAGACGUUAAGUGCAGCAGCUCCAGCUCCACUACCCUGCUGGUAAGUUGGCGCCCCCCGCCUGUGGAGAGCCAGAAUGGUGCCCUGGCGGGGUACCUAGUGCGCUACCAGGUGGUGGGAGCCUCCGUCGAGGGCGGUGGUGCCGGGGAGCCCAUGGAGGAGCCAGCCGUGCUGCCCAGUGACGGGAAGGUGCUGCUGCAGAAGCUAGAGAAGUGGACCCAGUACAGCGUCACCCUGGCCGCCUUCACUGAGAUCGGGCCGGGCCCAGAGAGCGAGCCCCUGCUCUGCCGCACCGACGAGGAUGGUACUUGAGCAUGUUCCGCCUGCAAUACUGAUAGUCUGUAGACUUCUUGUGAGGCAAAUACAAUAACUGGGAUGUUGACUUAGAAACACAAUAAUCUGCUUCUCAGAUAAUGGGCAAUACCUCUACUACCGUAUGAUAAGGGUUGUAGCAGGAGUCACCCAUAAAAUAACAUUAUGAUGCCCAUUCAAUAGCUUUUCCAAACAAAGGAUAAAUUCAUACUUUCAAUAACUUAGCUCAGUGGUUCAAAUCAAGGACCCCCAGACAUAAUCGUCUAAAUAAACAUAGACAAUACCCUUGGGAAAUUGCAGCAUCAUUGUUAAUACAUUUCCCCUCCACUUCUACAUGUAAUUUAUGAUGUAGCCGCCCCAUCUCAUCUCCUUCUUCCUCUAUGGUGUCUAAAAGCCUAGUGUGCAGCCACUAGUGGUUAUGAGCGCGCCACACCUCAGGCGUUCAUACGGUUGACCCUGUGUUACAGCACAGCCCAUUACACUGAUGGGAGGAAACUCAGCCAACUGAUGGCUCGCCAUCUCCCACAAUACACCUGUGCAAAUGGGCCACAGUUUUAUUAACCAUGUGUUGGAGCCCAUUUGUCUCUGGAGGCCAGUGCGGUGCACAGUAAAAGGCAGGACACCAAGGCCUCACAUAAAGGCUUUCCAUUAUGUCUGAGAGACAGGGGUUCAACCGGAGACUGGCGACACAGACUAGACACGUAUUGGGAGGUCAGGUUGUGAGGGAGGGACGACGUCAUUUUCUUGCCGGUAGCAGGUGUUGUUGUGUAGUACAGUUUUGUGUGCUUGAAAGUUUUGUCCCUAUGGUGUGUUGUGGGGGUGAGGAGCAGGUCACAAUUGAUGUUUGCCAGUUUAUCUGGCUGUCAGGGGAAUAGCUCUUGUAGUUUUUGUGUGAGGGUACUUGUGCCAGAUAGAUAACCUAUACAUACAAUAUGAGUGUACUGUUCUGCAGCAGUGUUUUAACAUAGACGCUAUCUUGUUUUUUACCCACAGUUCCCGGAGCUCCUCCUAGGCGGGUCGAGGUGGAGGUGCUCAACUCCACGGCGCUCAAGGUCAUGUGGCGCUCCCUGUUGCCGGGGCGACAACACGGCCAGAUCCGUGGUUACCAGGUGCACUAUGUGCGUGUGGAGAACGGGGAGUCACGCGGCCUGCCCCUCAUUAAGGACGUCAUGCUUGCCGACGCCCAGGUAUACCUAUCCCCCAUUGGUCCACCAAUCAAGCAAUUCAUU